AUGACAGAAUAUCAUGAGCUUGGCCAUUUGGAACUUGCCAAAUCCGCUUCUGACUAUGUGAUUCCACACCAUGCAGUUUUUAAAAAUAAGGACCCCACUCAGAAAAUCAGGGUGGUGUUUAAUGCUUCCAGCAAGGAUACCAAUGGGCAUUCACUAAAUGAGAAUUUGUUACCAGGGCCAAAACUGCAGUCCAAUAUUAUUCAAGUAUUGACCAAAUUCCGCACUUACAAGUACAUUGUCCUUUCUGAUUGCAAGCAGAUGUAUCGCCAGAUUUUGUUAAGGCCUGAAGACUGCCGUCACCAACAUGUUUUUUGGAAACCUAAUUAUCAUGAACCUGCAAAAGAAUUUGAACUUAAAACCGUAACCUAUGGGCUUACUUCCAGUGCUUAUUUAGCGCAACGCACAUUGCAACAACUUGUCAAGGAUGAAGGAGAAGCAUUCCCUCUGGCAAGUAAAGUUUUAACAAGUCAAACUUAUGUUGAUGACCUGCUGGGAGGAAGUAACAAUUUUUCUGAAGCACAAACGCUUAUUUCUGAACUGAUUGAGUUAUUGUCGCUUGGCUCCUUUGAACUUCAGAAAUGGAACUCUAAUACUCCUGAAUUGAUCGCUAACUUGCCUGCAGAAUUUUUGGAAAAUCAAGAUUGUAUGUUUGAUGACAACACUACUGCAAAAGUUCUUGGAAUUGUCUACAGCCCGCUCGCGGACAACUUUCGCUAUUUCAUUUCUCCUUUUAAUGGGCAAAUCACUAAAAGAACCGUUCUAUCAUUCAUUGCUCGAGUCUACGACCCCCUUGGGUGGCUCACUCCUCUCAUAAUGCUGUUCAAGCUAUUCAUGCGCACGCUGUGGUCUCAGCAAUUAGCUUGGGACACUGAGGUUCCAGCCUCACUUCGAGCUCAUUGGGAGCUGAUUACCGCUGAAAUUUCCCGUUUGGACAAUGUUGUAAUCCCGCGUUUACUCACCUGUAACCGCUCUACUACCCGGCUGCUUGGAUUCGCCGAUGCCUCCGAAAAGGGGUUUGCUGCUUGUAUAUAUAUUCAUGAAGAGACUGAAAAUAGAUAUGUUAACUGCUGUCUCAUAGCCGCCAAAAGUCAUGUCGCCCCGCUGAAAACUAUGACAAUUACACGCCUGGAAUUGAUGGGUUGUUUGCUGCUUGCUCGUUUACUAUCCGCCAUCUUACCUACGCUGUCUGAAUAUGAUUUACAAGAAAUUCGACUCUAA